AUGGCGGACGGAGCGAUUGGAAACGAUUACAAGUGUUCAGCUGGGAUUAUCAUUAUAGGAGACGAGAUCUUAAAAGGUCAUACCAAAGAUACAAAUUCUUACUAUCUCUUUAAGAAAUUAUGGUCCUUAGGAGUUAAAGUGGGAAAAGUUUCUGUGAUUUCAGACGACGUGGACGAAAUUGCCCACGAAGUAAGAAAAUUCUCCUCUAGAUAUUCUGUCGUUAUAACUACUGGCGGAAUUGGCCCCACUCAUGACGAUGUUACAAUGCAAGGCAUCGCUAAAGCCUUUGGAGAAGAUUUAGUUCUUAAUGAUGAAUUAGUGGAACUAAUUUCGAAUUCAUAUCAGCAUGAGAUUAACUCGUCCCAUUUGAAAAUGGCUCGGGUUCCUUCGUCAGUGAAACUGGCUUUUGGAAAAGAUCCCUCGGGAAAACCGAGCUGUUUCCCACUCAUAUCUGUACAUAACGUGUAUGUUUUUCCUGGAGUGCCGAAGUUCUUGGAAAAGUCGUUUGGCCUUUUGGAAGAUAUUCUUUUAAUUUCCAACCGUGAGAAGCGGUUUCUGCUGCGAAAGAUUUACCUCUCAGUAGAUGAGACAGAAGUUGCUUCCAUUCUGGAUGAGGUGUGUGAGAAAUUUAAAGGCAUAGUACACUUAGGGUCAUACCCUGAUUUCUGUGACCAAAAUUUUAAAGUAAAACUGACUGUGGAGUCUGCUAGUUCAAAGGAUCUCCAAGAGGCCUGGGACUGUCUCCUGGGAAAGUUACCCAAAGACUAUGUGGUGAAGACUGAGGAGGACGCACGUGUCUGUGAUGCUUCACCUUCAGAAUGUCCACCCAGCCCUACCUCUCUGAAAAAGGAUGCUAAGCAGGUGGUGAAUGUGGAGAAAGUGUACAGCCUCCUUGAUCCCGAAGAUGAAUCAAACACAAGUGCUUGCCUUAAAGGUGCCUGGGCUAUUAUACAACAGACACUUCAGCUGUAUUCUCUUGAUGAGCUGUGCAUCAGUUUCAAUGGUGGCAAGGACUGCACUGUGCUGCUCCACAUUUUGCAUGCAGCGCUGAAUAAAUUAUCACUACCUGCCCAAGAGCUAAAGGCCCUAUACUUUCGCUACGAGUCACCAUUUCCACAAGCAGAAGAGUUCAUCUCAGAAACUACCAAAAGGUACAAUUUGAAUCUCGUAACAUUGACAGGGGACAUUAAAACAGGUCUGAGGACAUUGAAAGAAACUCACCCAAAAGUCAAGGCAAUGUUUUUGGGCACCAGAAGGCAUGACCCAUUUUCUGAUAUACUACGCACAUUUUCUCCAACUGACCCAGACUGGCCACAUUACAUGAGGGUUAAUCCAAUUCUUGAUUGGCAUCAUGCAGAUGUCUGGGCAGUGAUCCAGGAAUGUAAUAUUCCAUACUGCAGUCUAUAUGAUGAAGGGUACACAUCACUAGGAAGCACCCACAAUACUAAACCUAACCCUGCCUUGAAGUGUAGUGAUGGUGGUAACAAGUAUAAACCAGCCUACAUGUUGGAGGAUGGGAAACUAGAGAGGGCAGGGAGAACCUGAUUGACUUUUUUGUUAAGUAAAGAGUACUGUUGGAUUAACUUGUGCAGCAGAUUUCUCACUUUUGGAAUGAACAGUUGGACAAAGACUGAGCUGUGCUGUAGAUUGAGACUAGGAAGGGUUAUGUCAAUUAAAUACAUGUACAUGAAGGUACCCUUUUUUUUUUAGGGGGGUUGGGAAUGGUUCAGUUUAACACACAAUGUGUGUUGCUUGUAACUAUUUCUGACCUUAAACUAUGCAACUUUGUGUAUUCAGAGCAGAUACCUCAUCAAGAUAAUUAUAGUCUGCUAUGCACUUUGUAUCUUUGGUAUACAAAAGUUUAAAAAUACUUUUCUUUUCAUGGUUGCUUUGAAAAUUGAAUAAAUAAUCAAAUGAGUAAGC